CUUCACUGAUCUCCAGGUCGAUAUUGAUAAGGGUCACUUAACCAAUUUUCGCUUCAACAAGUGGCCCAGGCCAUACCCAUUACAAGCCGGGUUAGACAGCCAACAUCUCGGCUUGAUUUUAAUGGCAUGAUCGGUUAUCCUAUAUAAAAAGUUCUAUGCCUAGUCAUUCAGCGGUGCUGAUAACCCACAAUGGCAUCCAACCUAAAUCCCAACUCUUCUAUCCUCAUUGUUGGGGCUGGGACAUGGGGUUGUUCCACUGCUCUACAUCUUGCCCGCCGAGGGUACAAAAACGUUACAGUUUUAGACCCGCACCCAGUUCCCUCACCCAUUGCAGCCGGUAAUGAUAUUAAUAAGAUUAUGGAGCACAAAGAGGUAAAAGGCUCUGAAACGGAUCCUUGGAGUAUCGCCUUCUCAACGUGCACACGAGCUGCAUUGAAGGGCUGGAAAACAGAUCAUGUAUUCCAGCCAUACUUCCAUGAAACAGGGGCAAUCGUGUCUGGUCACACACCCUCUCUGAUUAAACACAUACAAGAGCACGAGAUCGAUUCGUCAGACGCAGAAUUCAUCAAACUCGAGACCGCAGAGGACUUCCGCAAGACUAUGCCUCCGGGAAUCCUUACCGGCAACUUUCCUGGCUGGAAGGGUUGGCUGAACAAGACCGGUGCUGGAUGGAUUCACGCCAAGAAAGCCAUGGUUUCUGCGUACACCGAGGCGAAGCGUUUGGGAGUCAGAUUUAUCACCGGUUCGCCGGAAGGAAAUGUUGUAUCUCUGAUUUACGAAAAUGGAGAUGUAGUCGGGGCUAAAACUGCCGACGGUGCCGCCCACCGAGCAGAACAUACUAUUCUCUCUGCAGGUGCUGGGAGUGAUCGUCUUCUGGACUUCGAGAAGCAGCUUCGCCCCACUGCAUGGACGCUCUGCCACAUUAAAAUGACACCCGAGGAAGCAAUCAAAUACCGGGGCCUUCCUGUGUUGUUCAAUAUCGCCAAGGGCUUCUUUAUGGAGCCCGAUGAGGAUAAGCAUGAACUCAAGAUCUGCGACGAGCACCCCGGAUACUGCAACUUCGUCUCCGAUCCUGAGCAUGGUGGCGAGGUGCGCAGUAUCCCGUUCGCAAAGCAUCAGAUUCCUCUUGAAGCCGAGGCCCGUGCAAGAGACUUCCUCCGUGAUACAAUGCCCCAUCUUGCGGACCGACCGCUGUCGUUUGCCCGUAUCUGUUGGGAUGCGGAUACUGUGGACCGUGCGUUCUUGAUUGAUAGACAUCCCAAGCAUCGCUCGUUGCUGCUUGCAGUCGGUGGAUCUGGGAACGGAGCCAUGCAAAUGCCUACCAUCGGCGGAUUCAUCGUAGACGCUCUGGAGGGGAAUCUGCAAAAGGAGCUAAAUCAUGCACUACGGUGGAGACCUGAGAUAGCGGCGCACCGGGACUGGAAGGAUACCCAAAACCGCUUUGGAGGACCGAACAAAAUAAUGGACUUCCAGAAGCUUGGAGAGGAUGAAUGGACUAGAAUUGUCGUCAAGAGCCGGCUCUAAAAGCAAAGAAAAUCCGAGUUAUUUAUUCUAGCCUCAUUUGUCAGUCAUUACACUACAGUCCCCACUUGUGAAAGUAUAGAUCGUGCGUAUGCUGGUGAGCCUCUUUUCUCUCCCUAAUUAUGCACGUAGGGAAAACAUGAGUAGAUCAUUUUAUCAAGAGAGCAAC